UGCCUACUCCCGCUCAGCAAGAGAUUCUAUAUGCAACCGUGGAAGAAGUAGGUACAGAAGGGAGGUGACAGUCGCAUGACGGGUCAAGCUGCGAACGUCGCUUUAAAUGAAGCAUCCCGCGGGCCGUUGAGUGGUCCGAAUAUGUCGCGAUUAAUCGAUGUGGAUGAGACUGCGAGGACGGUCCCGAUCCUGGUUGUAAGUAGCAGCAGAGGAGCGAAGAGAAGAUGGCGGCACGUGCAGAGACCUGACGGGGAACAUUCAAAAUACCAAGGUCCUGCCAUUCACGGGCAUUGUCAGCUAGCUAUAGGGACUGAGAGCGCACGAACGGAAUAAAUACGGGUCGAGGGGGAGGGUACUCAAUCGGGGGUUUAUAUCAG